UAUAGCAUGUAUCGGCUUAUCUCUUGUUUACAUUGAAUACUUAAUUUGCCCUGCUAUUGUCCAGUGUCCUGAUAAACUGGACACUUCAUUCCCAGAAGAUAAUUAGCUGAAGCAGUUAAUUAUUGAUCAAUCCUUUAUUAACACCCGUUCUCCACAUUGUUGACCAAUAUUCUGUAAAUUCGUCCCACGAAGACAUCAACCAUGAUCUCGAAAAUUUUUACGACGAUUUUGUCCAUGUGGGCAUUCUUUUCUUUUGCAUUGGUAACUGGUCAAGAGGUAACCAUAAUCCCGACGGGGAAUGACUUGCUCAACAUUUCCUACGUCCUCGGCCAGCUAGAUGGUCAGCCAGCCGUAUAUUUCGAAAUCAGGGCCCAAACGAGGGGUUACAUCGGCUUCGGAUUUUCCAACCAGACCUGCAUGACAAAUUCUGACGCUAUGGUGACCUGGAUGGAUUGGGUCACCUUUGAACUCGUCGUGCAGGAUUGGACCUUUUAUACGACCGGGACUCCUUACGAAAGGGAGUUGGAUCAACAACAGGACUGGCAGGUUGAGUCCUUGGUUUGGAAUGAAGACGGCGUUUCUACCACGUUGCGUUUUGUCCGUCUGUACAAUACUGGAGAUCCGGUGGACAUAAUUAUUGAAGACAAGACCAUGAAUCUAAUAUUCUCUGUGGGUGAGUGGCCUGCUCUUCAUUCUCAUCAGCUUGGAAGGAGUGGAAACAUUCCAUUUAACCUUAUCCAGGGUACGAAGUAACCCUUAAAGAUAUAAAUAUAUGUACAAGUCUACUUACAUUGUAAUUAAAGGAUUAAAUUAAACAGCGAGAAAUCAAAAUUUG